AGACCAUUAUUUAAUUCGCACCAGAGAAACAGGAUUGGAUCAAGCUGCUGACUUUUUGGGUCUCAUCAUGGUCAACGCCUGCUUCCCUUUCUUCCUUCCCCAGUCUUUAUAUCGACCCCUUGACAAGCUUGCAAACAUCACUCUUGGACGCUUGUCCUCUCUUUUUCUUCUUCUUCUUCGUCUUCUUCGAACUGAAACAGAGUGGACCUUGUUCUACAGAGUCCUCUGUUCUGAACAUGGGAAGGCCACCGUGCUGUGACAAGGAGGGUGUCAAGAAGGGGCCGUGGACUCCAGAAGAAGACAUAAUCUUGGUCUCCUACAUCCAAGAACAUGGCCCUGGUAAUUGGAGAGCUGUUCCCACAAAUACUGGGCUUUUGAGAUGCAGCAAAAGUUGCAGGCUCCGGUGGUCAAAUUACCUCCGGCCGGGGAUCAAGCGGGGAAGCUUCACGGAUCAGGAGGAGAGGCUCAUCGUCCACCUGCAAGCGCUGCUCGGAAACAGAUGGGCGGCGAUCGCUUCGUAUCUGCCGGCGAGAACGGACAACGACAUCAAGAACCACUGGAACACGCACCUGAAGAAGAAGCUGGGGAAUCAGGCAGCAAAUGUCCCCGAGAACGGUAGCCGGGCCAGCUGCCGGUCGGUGGCGAAGGGGCGGUGGGAGAAGUGCCUGCAGACGGACGUCGGCAUGGCGAAGCGGGCGCUCAGCGAGGCCCUGGCGGUGGAGAGGCCUCCUGCCGCCACCAGCUACGCCUCCAGCACCGAGAACAUCUCUCGGCUCCUGCAGUCGUGGCUUAAUCCCGGCCUGUGCGCCGCCGCCGCAGCCGCCUCCAGGGGGUCGGGGACGAGCGAGUCGGCGUCGAGCCAGGCAAGUGUCAGUACGUCGACGGUGGUGUGUCCGAACGAGGACUCCUCUCCGCCGUCGCCGCCUCUGAUGUCGUAUCUGGAGUCGUGGUUGCUGGACGAGGACGAGAGGCAGGACGUGUUCCUGGAGGACAUGGCUGCUGUUAGUGACACGUGUAAUUUUCUCUGAUUAAUGGUUGAUUUUCUAGG